GGAAUAACUGUUGCAAUAGUCGGAGGUCUCGUGUCAGAAUUUGUCUAGAGUCGCCGCAGUGGAGGGAGAGACUUGGAAUGUAUGCCAUGUGUUUCCAUGUCAGGCGGGCCAAUGACUCUUCACCAUGGUGAAUAUGAACACUUCGAUGCCUUUCACGAACAAGAAAAAUGAUGAAUCACGCGAACAAUGCGCAUGCGAUGAUAUUCUUAUUAAAAUAUUCAGCUGUUGUUACAAGAAGUGUGUCUAAAAAGGGUUCAUCUAUCAAUGGGGGAAUCAAUGAAGUGGAAAGAAAACGAAAAAGGGCACCUUUGAAAGAGGGACCCUUGGCUGUGAUCAAAAUGCCCCAAAUCUCCUGCAAAUGGCUGAUGAGAGCAUACACUCCUCCCGUGGGAGCUCGCCCUCUGUUCUCGUGCGGAAGCAGCACACAUGGCGUGUCCCGGCUGAAUUAUAUAGUUGUAACUCAUUGCAAGUUGAACAACGUCCAACAUAAUCGGCGGAGCCUGGUCGUACCGACGGCUCAAAUGUGGUCCAGGGGUUGCUACUGUGACCCGAAUUUUGAUUCGAGAGCUCGAUCAUCGGAAUUGAAACCUUGGGAGAGGCUGGUGCAUUGUCUUGCCACCCCAGCCGGUACUUGGGCGGCUACCAUCCAAGCUGAUCUCCCAUGACUUGCUUAGCAAACGUCACAGAUAGCUGAUGAUGGCGCGUGCUAUUCCGUCAGCGCGACCUCGAUUCCGCCUGCUGGUAAAGGGUCGCCGAUUCCGUCAACAGACACGGCUUCCGCUCCAGGGCUGGCAGACAAAUUCCGUCUUGCUCGCCAAGCUGGACCCUGGGCGGGGCUUCAGUAAAGUCGGAUUGCUGAGGCGGCGAUCGAGUCCUCUGUCCAGUUUGGGAAGGUCU